AUGGUAGAGCCCUUUGGAUCAUUUAAAAUGAAUCGAUACCCAUCAAUAAAAUUUAGCAUAUUAAUAAUAUUAGCAAUUGUUGUUGAAAUUAUUCCAAUACAACUUCAAGAAGGCGAAGAGUAUAAAGUGAACAGUAUAGAAGGAUCGCAGUUAAAUGAUUGUCUAAGUACUUCAGGACGAUCGGAAAUUGGUGUAUGUUUUGGAAAAGAAUUGCUGAUCAAAUUAAACGAUUACGAUGAAACUGAUGCUUUUAGUUUGGCCACUGGAGUAUCUUUUGUUAGGGAUGAAAAAAAUCCCCGGGAUAUUGGAAGCUUUCUGGAUAAAGAUCCUAUGGAUUUCCGGUCCAUAAUAGAAGAUGCAAGUGGCAUAAUAUCUAAACGUUCUCUACAUUGGGACCUAGGAUCAUUUCAUCCUGGUUUAGUGAUGAGGAUUGGGCCUACUUUAGCUAAUGGAGUAUUAGAGUUCGUGAUAGAUCCAAGAAGCAAAGAUAGAACAUAUCAACAGCCAGCAGAAGUGACUACAGGUCGAUUAUUAACAAGAAAUUUACUUGUACCAUUUCUCCUGGGUUUUAAAUUUCAUGUUUCCACUUUAUUACCACUGUUACUUGGCCUUGUGUUACUGGCUAGCAAGAAAGCAUUUUUGUUGGCAAAGUUAGCACUUUUCGCUGUAACUCUGUUCAGUGGCGGGUCAUCUUGGGGUGGACAGGACUAUAGCAGUUAUGGAAAUCCGAGCUUAUCUUCUUACACAGCCCAAGAUAAUAUAGGACACUAUCAAGGUCAUCAUAGUUCUGGAGGAUAUUAUCGCGAUAACAGACAUCUUCAACAUGGUGAUUACUUUUAUAAAGAAAAGUCAGUAGAGUCCACAGCGUCACCAAUAACACCAGAUGAACUGAGGGAUAGAUUAGAGAGAUUUUUUGUAACAAAAAAGGAUGUUAACAGAGAUGAUACAAAAAUAAGAAAUGCCAGGAACUUUGCAUGGACCCCAAUAAAUGUA